CAUAUACACAUCUAGCAAUAUAUCUCUCUCAGAGUUACAUACGUUUUCUGCAACUUCUAGUUUAAUAUAAGUUACUUCAAAAUAUAUAUAUAAUAUAUAUAUAUACACGAAUUACUUUAGGGUAAGGCAUCAAUGGAUAGACUUACAAAGAGUCAAGCAAACUAUGUACCUCUUACUCCUCUCACUUUCAUCAAAAGAGCUUCCAUGGUUUACUCAAACCGAACUUCUGUUAUAUAUGAAGGUGUUGGCUUCAACUGGCGCCAAACUUAUGACCGAUGUUGCCGUCUUGCUUAUUCCCUUCGGUCCCUUAAUGUUGUCAAGAAUGAUGUGGUAUCUGUGCUAGCACCAAACGUACCUGCAUUAUAUGAGAUGCAUUUUGCAGUGCCAAUGGCAGGAGCUGUGCUUAAUGCGAUUAACACAAGAUUAGAUGCUAAAAACAUAGCCACCAUUCUCCGUCAUUCCGAAGCCAAGGUGUUGUUUAUCGACUAUCAAUACGUUCCCAUAGCAUCCGAGGCACUACGCUUGCUGAUGGCUGGUUUGAAUGACAGCUCUUCAUCAGCCCAAUCAUGUGCUAUGCCGUUGGUUAUUGUCAUUGAUGAUAUUUACAAGCCAACCGGGGUUCGUCUUGGCGAUUUGGAGUAUGAACAACUUAUCAAACACGGUAAUCCCAUGUAUCAAGGUGAAGAUGUUGAGGACGAGUGGGAUGCGAUUGCCCUCAAUUACACAUCCGGCACAACAUCUGCUCCCAAGGGGGUGGUUUAUAGCCACCGUGGUGCGUUUCUGAGCACCAUGAGUUUGAUUCAGGGGUGGGAAAUGGGUACCGAGGCGGUGUACCUCUGGUCCCUCCCGAUGUUCCAUUGCAACGGGUGGACCUUCACCUGGGGCGUGGCAGCCAGAGGGGGCACCAAUGUGUGCAUACGCAACACGUCCGCUGAUGAAAUGUAUCGGAGUAUCUCUCAACACAAGGUGACACACAUGUGUUGUGCCCCUAUUGUUUUUAACAUACUCUUGGAGGCCAAGCCCCAUGAGCGAUGUGAAAUAACCUCCAAGGUUAAUAUCCUCACAGGAGGGGCGCCUCCACCCGCGGCCCUCCUGGAGAAGAUGGAAGCCCUUGGAUUCCACAUCAUGCAUGCUUAUGGCCUCACUGAGGCUACUGGGCCUGCACUAGUUUGCGAGUGGCAAACAAAGUGGAACCAACUUCCUAAGGAUCAACAAGCAAGAUUGAAGGCCCGCCAGGGUGUCGGCAUACUGACGCUGGCAGAUGUGGAUGUCAAAAACAAGGACACUAUGGAAAGUGUUCCACAUGAUGGGACCACCAUGGGAGAGAUUGUAUUAAGAGGAAGUAGCAUUAUGAAAGGAUACUUAAAAGAUGAGAAAGAGACUGCAAAGGCAUUCCAUAAAGGAUGGUUUCUAACCGGUGAUGUUGGGGUUAUUCAUCCGGACGGAUAUCUCGAAAUCAAAGACCGAUCAAAGGAUGUUAUCAUCUCAGGUGGCGAAAAUAUCAGUAGUGUCGAACUCGAAUCCAUCUUGUUCAAACACCCGGCCAUACUCGAGGCAGCUGUGGUGGCAAUGCCCCAUCCAAGGUGGGGAGAAAGUCCAUGUGCAUUUGUUGUCCUAAAAGAGGCAUACAAAAAAACUACUGAAACCGAAAUCUUGGCAUAUUGCCGGAAAAAGAUGUCAAAAUUUAUGGUUCCAAAGAAGGUGGAGUUUGUCAAGGACUUGCCGAAAACAGGAACAGGUAAGGUUCAAAAAGUAGAACUAAGGAAUGCAGCCAAAACCUUUGAAAUAUUUGACUACACGAGAUCUGAAAAGGAAGUUCAUCUGGAUCAAACUCGAUAUCACCAUUAUCAAGAAAAAGUCUUGGCAAUGUCACGACUUUGAAUAAAUUAUACUUAUAUUUUGUAAUUCUGAUGUAACUAAGCUUUCAACAAAGGGUAGAGAGAGCCCACAUGUAUUACUCGAUCAAUGUUAAUGCAAUUAAUACAAAUGGUUUUUGUUGCUUGUCAA